CUUUCGUUUCCUUGUUUAUUCUCCCUCUCCAGGUGCUGCACAGACCAUCUCUUAAUUCACCAACUUCUCCUAAAAGAGUCCCCGGGCCCGUGCAACACAUGUUACAUUUUAUUUUAUUUUUUUAAUUUAUCCAGUGUGGACUCACACUUUACCUGACACCACGGCCAAUGGAUUCGGUUUCAGGACGUAAGGUUUCACAUGAUUCAUUGGAUGUUUUGGCUGAGAGGUUAAACAGAGCCAGCCUCGUGCGGGCUUAGUUUUCUCCCCCUCUCCUUCCAGAGUCCCGCACAAACUUAUCUGCACUAACUAGAAAGUCCAGUUUCUCAAGCAAGUCCUAGACAAGCAACACCAGUGAGAACUGGAGGCAGCAUGGACUUGGACAGUAAACGCCUGGUGGUGGUGGUACCAAACGAACUGUCGGCGCCAUCCCGCAGGGUGUUCAGCGGCGAGAAUGAGACGUGGAAGAACUUCCUGGAGACCCCACUGACGGCCGCCACCAAGGCCAUGAUGAGCAUCAACGGAGAUGAGGACGGCGCUGCGGCUCUGGGUCUGCUGUACGACUACUACAAGACCCCUCAGCUUCCCGGAGAGAGGAGACACUCCAGCAGCAACGCCAAAACCACAGACUCCUCCACACUCGAGCCCAACAGCUGCAGGACCACACUGCAACACCAACUUUUAGGUGUGGGGUCCAUGCCAGUCAAUCUGUCCCUCAACAACAGCAAUGCCGCCGAACACCAGGGCUGCAAGUAUGGAGCCGUGAGCCUCACAGAAGACGCCAGAGGAGCCGACGGUAAAGGUGGAGGCAGCGCGCCUCUUGCUCUGGUCAAGGUUGAGGGCCAGACGCCGAUGUCUGCUGCUUGUUCAGGCGGCUCCUAUCAAGACGAUUCUAAAGAACAGACGAGGAUGGUUUACGAGCAGAGCUGCUAUAAUCUGUCCCUCGCUGGUUACCUGAAGGAUGGACAGAGAAGGACUCCGGACAGCACUUAUGAGGAUGCUGUGGAAGGACAGGUUCACCACAGAAGUCCGCUCAUCACUGAUGCAUUUCACUACUGCCUGCCUGUUGACAGUUUCCAGUACAACCUGGAGGCCAGCAUGUCGCUCCGGCCGCGGCAAGGGGAAGGACCAAUGGCUUACCUGAACCGGGGCCAGUUCUAUGCCUUGACGCUGUCUGCCACCGGCUUCAGGUCAUCCCAGUCUCAGCCCCAGGGCAAAGUGCGGAUGAGCGGGUCGACGGCGUCGCGAGGGCCCGACGGGAGCCCGUCCAGCAGCGAGCAAAUCACCGCGGGAGGCUCUGAGCUGCAGCGGGCCGGUGUAGUUCAGAGCGUCAUCAUGGUUGUCUUUGGGGAGGACAAGUGCCGAGACGAUCAGCUGAAGAACUGGAAAUAUUGGCACGCUCGCCAGCACACUGCCAAACAGAGAGUCCUGGACAUUGCUGACUACAAGGAGAGCUUCAGCGUGAUUGGGAAUGUGGAGGAAAUUGCCUACAAUGCUGUAUCCUUCACAUGGGAUGUCAGCGAAGAAGCCAAGGUCUUUAUCUCCGUGAACUGUCUGAGCACGGACUUCUCCUCGCAGAAGGGCGUGAAGGGGAUGCCUCUGAUAAUCCAGAUUGACACCUACAGCUACAACGGCUGCAGCAGCAGGCCCAUCCACAGGGCCUUCGCUCAGAUCAAGGUCUUCUGUGAUAAGGGCGCCGAGAGGAAGCUUCGCGAUGAGGAGAAGAAGCAGAUCAGGAGGAAGACGAAAGGGAAAAAUGGCAGCUUGGGGCCGACCUCUCCCAUUAAGAGGGCUGACAGCACGCUGUUGAAAAGCAUGCUAGACCUGGACUCCCAGCCCGUCCUCUUCAUUCCUGAUGUCUACUUUGGGAACCUGCAGAGAGCAGGACAGGUGUUUGCCUUUAAAACUGCAGAGGUCGUCAAAGAUGGAGGGGUUCUGAUGAAGAGGAUGCCAUGUGGUGGUGAGGAAGAUGUCUGUCCACCUCAGCCCAAGAAGUCCAAAGUGGAGCUGGAAAGGAGAGUUUUACUAUAUGUGAGGAAGGAGUGUGAUGAAGUGUUUGACGCCCUAAUGCUGCACGCCCCGACCCUCAAAGCAUUAACGGAGGCAAUCUCUGACAAAUAUGCACUGCCGCUUGACAAGAUCGCAAAAGUUUAUCAGAAAAGCAAAAAGGGUGUCCUGGUGAACAUGGACGACAACAUCGUCCAGCACUACUCCAACGAGGACACCUUCAUCCUCUCCAUCGAGGGCUCGCCGGACUCGUUCCGCGUGAUCCUGUCAGAGAUCUGACGGUCGCCAGCGGCAACGCGUCACUCGUCGGCCGCCGCGUGGUCCGGACACAUGCGAUCAAGAGCCUCGUUACCAGCGUUAGAUGCCAGCGCCAAAAACCGUGUCCUCCGGAGGGGCCACAAGGGAGCCUUAGUUGGGGUUGUAGCCUUGUGUGGAUCAUGUUUACUAGACAACGUGACGCGGGAGGAAAACCAGGCUUAAAUAAAGCGGAAAUUUGGUGUUAGGUGAGGAAAUAUAUUUUCAUCUGCCCUCACAGCCUGGCCUGAUUUCACUUCUAAAGUAUUUUAAGACGAGGUUCAGUCCAGUUCACCAGAGGGCAUCCAGGCAGCUCGCUGUGGCUUCUCAGGAAGAAGCCUUUAUAUAUUGGAUUAGCAGCAGGGAGCAGUGCUGUUGCUUCCCCCUGUGCUUUGUUGCACAGCUUUCCUGGUGCUUCUUCUUGUGGUGGAAGCUCUUACAUUGAUCACUUGACAUUUGACUUCUAAACAGACGUCUGCUCAGAGGUCCCCUUUAAGCCGCCACUCAACUCUUUCAUUGUUUUGUUGAAAAUAUGAUUAUUUUUAGACGUGUCUUCGAAUAAAAUUGUUGUAAAAAGUGAGCGCGGCCAUUUAAUCUUCGCAGAUCAUCCAUAUUUUUUUAAUCUCACUGUUCAUAUUUUUACUGCACGCUAAAUGCUUCCUAUUAUUAAAGCGAAAUAACCCUUAUCUCAGGUUGUGAUUACGCUCUGGUGUCUCUGGAGCUAUAAUUACACGAGGCUCCAUUAUGGAAGAAGACUGCCAGUCUCCAGGAUGCUGUUAAACUGUUUUGCUUCCUCUGUGCCCGUGUUUAUUGCUUUUCCUCUCACUAAAGAGACCGUGGUCAUUAGUAUUUAUGGCGUUCGUUAAGAGACUCGCGAGGCCCGAGCCGCUCCAUCCGUUUGAACUUGUUCAGAGUUUCACAGAAAAGUACCAGAGCUCCGCUGGCUGCGCGCUGGCUCCGGUCCAGCUGUCCGACCUGCCUGUGUUUACACCUGAUUCACUGACACCUUCCAUACGCUACAUACGCUUCACGCGCCGCCAUGUACAGCCUUUGAAGUGAACCAAUAAAUAUAGUUUUGUACGCA